GGGGCAUCAGAAAGCAGGCCCAACAAACCGGGGAAAGGGUACAACCACGAAGGCAACAAAAUAGUUUCCCGGCCCUCUGGAGUGUCUUAGUUGGAGGCAGAUGAACGCCAGGAUCUAGCAAACCCGAAGGGAAGGAAGCCAGCGAGGAGGGACUGGCGCGCGCAGGGUGCGGCGGGGGGAGGGAGAGAGAGAAAGAGAGAGAGAAGAGGAGGGACGGCCACCGGGUUUGGACUUAGAUAAUCAGCAAAAUUAAAAAGGAAAAAAAAAAAAAACCAACAACAACAACAUUGUAGCGACCAGGCAAAGAGCAGCGUGAUUGCAUGCGAGCGUCCCCACUCGUGCUCGGCGGGCGCCAGAGAGAAACGAUGCAGCAUCCUCUGACGGGGGCCACCUGCGUGGCGCUCCCCAACGUGGGCAUGUGUCCCCAGCUCUCGUGUGCCUUGACUUUUAUGUACUUACAGCAGGGUAAUCAGGAAGCAGCAGCUGCCCCGGACACAAUGGCUCAGCCUUACGCUUCAGCCCAGUUUGCUCCCCCUCAGAACGGCAUCCCGGCGGAAUACACGGCCCCUCACCCCCACCCCGCGCCCGAGUACACGGGCCAGACCACCGUCCCCGAGCACACGUUAAACCUGUACCCUCCCGCCCAGACGCACUCGGAGCAGAGCGCAGCGGACACCAGCGCGCAGACCGUGUCGGGCACCGCCACACAGACAGAUGACGCGGCACCAACGGAUGGCCAGCCCCAGACACAACCUUCCGAAAACACAGAAAACAAGUCCCAGCCCAAGCGGCUGCACGUCUCCAACAUCCCCUUCAGGUUCCGGGAUCCCGACCUCCGACAAAUGUUUGGUCAAUUUGGUAAAAUCUUAGAUGUUGAAAUUAUUUUUAAUGAGCGAGGCUCAAAGGGAUUUGGUUUCGUAACUUUCGAAAAUAGUGCCGAUGCGGACAGGGCGAGGGAGAAAUUACACGGCACCGUGGUAGAGGGCCGUAAAAUCGAGGUAAAUAAUGCCACAGCACGUGUAAUGACAAAUAAAAAGACUGUCAACCCUUAUACAAAUGGCUGGAAAUUGAAUCCAGUUGUGGGUGCGGUCUACAGCCCCGAGUUCUAUGCAGGCACGGUGCUGCUGUGCCAGGCAAACCAGGAGGGAUCUUCCAUGUACAGUGCCCCCAGUUCACUUGUAUAUACUUCCGCAAUGCCCGGCUUCCCGUAUCCAGCCGCCACCGCCGCGGCCGCCUACCGAGGGGCGCACCUGCGAGGCCGUGGCCGCACCGUGUACAACACCUUCCGCGCUGCGGCGCCCCCGCCCCCGAUCCCGGCCUAUGGCGGAGUAGUGUAUCAAGAGCCUGUGUAUGGCAAUAAAUUGCUGCAGGGUGGUUAUGCCGCAUACCGCUACGCCCAGCCGACCCCUGCCGCUGCCGCUGCCUACAGUGACAGUUACGGACGAGUUUAUGCUGCCGACCCCUACCACCACACACUUGCUCCAGCCCCCACCUACAGCGUUGGUGCCAUGAAUGCUUUUGCACCCUUGACUGAUGCCAAGACUAGGAGCCAUGCUGAUGAUGUGGGUCUCGUUCUUUCUUCAUUGCAGGCUAGUAUAUACCGAGGGGGAUACAACCGUUUUGCUCCAUACUAAAUGACAAAACCAUUAAAACCUUCCAAUGUGGGGAGAGAGGAAGCUUUCCGAGGCCUGGGUAUUGCAAUACACGCAGUAGUACAUCAUUUUAGCAGCUCUAAAAAUUAAAAAAAAAAAAAAAAGAAAAAAAAAGAGGAAAAAAAAUUACAUUUUUUAUCUUAUACCUCAGAUAUUUUGUUCUGUGUAUUUUAAUAUUGUGGGUCUUUAAUUUCUGAAGGUUCCGUAGUUUGGUUGCUGGCUGUAGGAGUUUUUGUGGUUGAACUAGAGAGACGCUAGCUAUGAAUAAAAACCGGUUUAGGGCCAUAUCCAGAGUGCUAUAUCAUGUAAAUGAAUUCUAUAUGCUGAAUCUUAAGCUACUGGGGUUAUCAGCUGUCUGGGAAGGGUGUAAGUGACUACAAUAGUCAUUUUUUUCUGCAUCUGCUUUAUUUUAUUUUACGAGCGGGGAAGGGUGGGGGGGGGUGUCUUAGGGGACAGGGACCGGGAUUUGGGCUAAAAGGAAACCCAGAAUAGUAACUGACGAAUCCAAACGACCCACUGCACCAACAAUCAUAUGUCAGCGGUUCUAAGUUACUCAUUGAGUUCAAGCCAAAGGUUAUGUUGUUUAAGGGAGUGCUUCUCCAAGCACUUUGUGCAUCCAAGUUGAAGUUGAAUGAAGCUGUGCAAACCCACCCUUUAAACCAUUCCACUUGGCCGUAUUCAGCUUCUCAACCAGCCGCUAGUUAUUUAGGCAAAAACUGCUAGUUAGGCCAUCAACAAGCAUUCUUUUUAUAUUUCUUCCAGUAUAAUAAAUUAUUGAUAUCAUUGCUGACUUUUAUAUUACGGGAGGGAAAAAAAAUAACAUUAAUAAAAAGGUGAUAAAAAAGCACUGUUUCUAUUUUUUUCUUUUUUUCCAAAAAAAGAAAGUAAUAAAAACUUAAAUUCUUUGUACCAGUUAAAAAAAAAAAUGUAUAAAAUUUACAUCUGUGCAGUGGUGUUGUUAAGUUCUAGAAACAGUCUAUGAAGCUUUAGUUUUAGCCUAGUAGAGCAACUGUUAGAGACAGAUGUAUAAUUUUUAUGGAAUUACAUGAUAAUCAUAUUCGGAUUUAUAGAAGCAUUUUACAAGUAUUGCAAUCAUUGAGUAGAGAUAAUCAUGGUAUUUUCAUCAGCUUGGUACUUUUUGAAACAUGACUGUGUUGUGUGAACAAUCUGCAAUUUUUCCGUCCGUGAGAGCCUGCCCUCCUCCUCCUCCUGGUCCCCGAGGAGUCUCUCAAACCAGUAUCUUUAGUUCCGUCUCCAAGGCCCAGGACACUCGUCAGAAGGAAGCAAAAAAAGUAGGUUCCCCUCUCCUCUCCCCAUAACCCGCCCCUCAAGAACAAAGCUCCGACCCCCUCCUUCCCCCCAAGCAGGGCCAGAGUGACCGACGAAAAAUUGCAGUUUGUACUACUUCUGUUUGAACUCUUUCCAUGUUGUCCUGUUUACAAGUUAACCUAAGUUGGGGUAUCUGUCACGGGUCUUCCUGUUUUUGUAUUUAAAUGAAAAACAAACAGCGGCCAGCCGCCUCCAGUAGUCCCGCUGCCAUAGGUCAGUCUCCUUGUGUACAGCGUAGGCCCUAUGGCGCGCCCCUCAGCCGAUUAUCAACUCACCGCUGUGGACCUGCCAAUCCGCUUUAACAACUCCGCUUUCAAACAAAACCAAACAAAACUUUAAAAAAAAAAAAAACAAAAAAAAAAGUGUGUGUGAUCCAGCUUUUCUCUUGUCAUCUAUGUGCAUGCAGUAAGAUCGGUUGGAUAUUAAACCA